UUUUGUAUCCUUCAGGCAUUUGCUGUAUUUUCUAACUUCCUAAGCGAGAGUGAGUUUUGAGACAAAGAUGCCUCGUGGGACGCUUGAAGUUAUUCUAAUCAGCGCAAAAGACCUAAAGGACAGUGAUUUUUUCGGGAAAAUGGAUCCUUAUGUGAUUCUCACUUAUCGCGCACAAAAGCACCGAAGCAGUGUGGCUAAAGGUGCAGGAUCUAAACCCCGUUGGAAUGAAAGCUUCCUUUUCACUGUUUCUGAUAGUGUAUCUGAACUUAAUCUGAGGCUCAUGGACCAGGAUUUGUUAACUAGUGAUGAUUUCCUUGGCGACGCAAAAAUUAAUCUGGAACCAGUGUUUGCUGUGGGGAGCAUUCCAGAAACUUCUUACAAUGUUGUGAAGGACCAGAAGUACUGUGGGGAGAUCAAGGUUGCACUCACCUUUAAUCCUGAGAGAGGCAGUGGACUCGGCUAUGGUGAUGAAUAAAGCUGUGAUCUAAGGGGAUGAAGGAGUCACAUGAUUACUAGCUGUGAUGAUGCACCUAAAUUUCUUGGACCUAGCUAUAUUUCCGAAUAAUAAGUUGUUAAAACUUACAUUAAUGGUGAUUCUGUACUUGAAUUGGUUUCUAGACUUUUUAUUUUCAACUCAAAUUUACCUAUUUUCAAUUCUAGUGA